AUGUCGACGGACAAUGACAGUUGGGUUCCAGAGCAAGAAAGUACAGCUGGUACCAAACUUCUACAAAAGGCACGGAAGAGUCCUUUGGUACCUGUUGGCCUGGUGGGGUUUGUGGUUGUAGCAACCUACGGCCUUUACCGAAUGAAGGAAAGAGGGAGCAUGAAGAUGUCCGUCCACUUAAUUCAUACUCGGGUAGCCGCCCAGGCUUGCGUGGUUGGAGCCAUAACCCUUGGUAAGGUGAAGAGCAGAAAGGCACGGCUGUCUGUGGAGCACCUGAACCAGCAGUGUUGUGCUGUCUACAGCAUGUACAAGGACCACUUCAUGAAACAGCCUCCUGCUGGACAGCAAAAGUAG